AUGCACGAGAAGAAUCAUCAACCACACAAGAGCUAUGUGAGAAUUGAAAACAACUUGGAUAAUACUCCAUUUGAUCAUGAUGGAUUUACAUUCAUUGAAGAGAGAAUUAUUGACAAGAGUGGAUCACCUCCAUGUGACUCGAAUCAAUUCACUCCGAUCAAUCAUGAUGGAGAAUGGUACAUUCGUGUAUCACUCCAUGAGGAAGAAGAAUUAUCGGAAUGGUUCAUCCACCGUCAAAAGCAAAAUCCUAAUAUUACCAAUCAUUUACUGGUUGACAAUUCAAAAUGUUUAUUCGAAAAGAUGGAAGAAUUUCCAUUGCCAUUCUCAUCUCUCAUCAACGAAGGGGUAACCAUUCGGAAACAUCCUUUCAAAAAUUGGUCUGUUUUUUCGAAUGAAAGUAUUUCAAAAGGACAAUUUAUUGCUGAAUAUGUUGGAAUUGUUCAACCAAUCAUCACAAUAAGAGAUGGACAUUUGAACACACCUUAUUCCCAUAGCAAUGAGUAUACCUUCUCAUUGAAAAAUAUGGAACAAGUUGAGAUUGAAACUCAUGAAUUAUGUGGAAAAUAUUAUGGAAAUUUUACUUCAUUCAUUAAUCAUUCAUGUAAUCCCAACGUGAUAGCAUUCCAUGUUUUGAAAGUUGAACGAAAAGAAACUACUUUACAUAAUAAUGAACCUACCAUAACAUUUACGAUUAAGGAAAAUCUUCAUGUACCUCAUGUCUAUUUAUUUGCUAAACGUAACAUUGAAAAGGAUGAAGAACUCACUCUCGAUUAUGGACACGAAUAUGUUGAGCAUGUCAUGAAUGGAAAGUGUUUGUGUGGAUCCAAGUAUUGCAGGUAUUAA